AUGCCCACCUACUCCGAGAGCGUCCUCGGGCCGGCUGGGAGACGCUGCCAUCCCACCCGCCAAGAGGCCAGCUGGCUGGUAGCGCGGCUCACUCACGGCGAGACGCGGCUAGACGAGGAAGAAGAGCGAAGGAAAAGGCGUCGGGAGAAGAACAAAGUCGCGGCCGCCCGAUGCCGGAACAAGAAGAAGGAACGGACGGAAUUUCUGCAGCGGGAAUCCGAGCGGCUGGAACUCAUGAACGCAGAGCUAAAGACCCAGAUUGAGGAGCUAAAGCAAGAGCGACAGCAGCUCAUCCUGAUGCUGAACCGGCAUCGCCCCACCUGUAUUGUUCGGACGGACAGCGUCAAGACGCCCGAGUCGGAAGGCAACCCGCUGCUUGAGCAGCUAGAGAAGAAGUGACCGUGGGCUGGGAGGAGGAGGAAGAGGAGGAAGAGGAGGAGGAGGAGGAGGAGAUGGCAAGAGGGAGGAGGAGGAGGGCACCAGAGGGCCCUUCCUUGGUGCAUGAAAAACUUUACAACAAGGCUCAGCACAGCCAGUAAUUAGUGGGGCUUUCUUGUGAAACUCAAUCAGCCACAUAAGGGGAAGAGCAGGCUGACGAAACCCAGAAGGACCAAGCGCUGAGACCAAAGUAGACUUGAGGGUGGGGCUGUCCUGCUGGGGCCCAGUUCAAACGAGGCAGGACAGAGGCACCCAGGCCGGAGAGACACCCAGCCAGGCAGCCUUGGGCACUUCUCCGGCCUCUCUGCCAGGCCACCUACCCCAGGGACCUCCGAGCAGCCAGGAAAAGCCAUGAGUUACAACCAAACACGGCUGAGGAUGGAACUGAGUAACACUGCCAUCUGCCUGCCCCAGCCCUGACCCCUGACCCUGAUGCGAGGCCGGAGAGGGCCGUGAUGCGGGGCCCUGUGCGGCCUUGCUGGGGAGUAGCAGCCGGGUGCACCCUCGCCGGCCCUGCUGGAGUUUGCUGUGGGCACAAGGCGCGGGCGCCCUUCCAAAGCACAUACUCACUGAAUGUUUACAGACUGGCUGUCCUGGCAGGGCUUUCAACUGCACAUGUUUUUUAUCUUUUUUUUUUUUUAAUAUUUUUUACAAAAAAUAAGAUUUUAUACAAGCAAUAUAUAUAUGGAUUUCUAUAAUCACUCGAUGUGAUACAGUAUAAAUAUGUUAUGGUUUGUUUGUUACGAACAGAUAUCCAGCAGUUAUGGCCGUUGUGUGUAACUCCUAAGUACUGUAGUCUCUGGGUGUUGGGGUUGUCCGGGGAGGGGGG